AUGGAACCGUCUUUAAUAAUAUUGAUCAUCAUAGUGGGUAUUGUAGUUUUAGGCUUUAUCAUUUACUGUUUAAAAAACAGUAAUACAAAAAAAUAAAGCAAUUAAGAUCCUCUAAUUGGCGAGAAAGCUGAAAUGGAAGAUAUAAAUCAUAAAGUUUAAUAAACCUAAAACAAAGAAACAAAAAAUUAAUUAGAUAUCUAUUGUUAUGAUAAAAAAUAAGAAACUCAAACUUAUGAAAAAAAUAAAGCAAAUUAAGGAAGAGCAGUCAAGAAAAUUAAUAAUAUGUUAAUUACAAAAAUAAUUCUCAUGAUGAUUUAAAAAUAAAUGUGA